AUGUUGCUACCGCCUCAGAACUACCAGCUAAUUUGCGACCGCCACAGACGCAGCCCAUGGGGCCGGGCUUGCCACCCUGCCAGAGCUUGGUUCUGGGCUUUUUUGCAAUUAGUCAGUGUCAAACCAGCUCGUAAGAUUUCACUAUUGUUUGCUACUGCAGGGUACAUUAUCAUGCACCCCGAUAGCAAUAAUCGUACGACAUUUCGACCACGUCACGGGCGGACCAGGGCUCUCCAAUUCGCUGCUGGAUCUCUUGCUGGGUUCUGCAUCUAUGCAUUCUGCAGUCCUACGGCAUUCCGCUCGGGAAUGAAGGAAUUUGGGUUGCAUACAUUUAAUGGAAAUAAAUGA